AUGUGGCUUUGGUUGGUGGUGUGGCAAGCAACAUCAGUGGUAGGGGGUACCACGUUGGACGUUCGGCUUCUGAACUCAAGAUAUACACGUCCUCAGUACGAUUGCUUUGACUAUCCUUCAUCACUUCAAAUAAGAUCUCUUGAUACAGGUUGGCGUUUAUCCAAAAAAUGGUCAGGACUAAUUCAAACAAGUUCACCUAAAUAUAGUUAUAGUGCUCUACCUGAAUUUUCUCGAAGGAUUGAUUUGGUUCCAUUAAAUCGUGAAGAUAUGGUCAAAGAACACGCUAAGCUAGUUCAGGACAUAAACAGUCUACGCCAAGUAAUGUUCGUCGCACCUAUAGCUGAUGAAUCGAAAGACUACGAGGACUCGGUUUUUCAUGAAAUACUGGAAACGACUUCUACCACAACAAGUAGACCAAAAAUUACAAAACCAAGUAGACCUAAGCCCGGCAUUCCACUUAUUGUGCUGGGAGGGUCAAAGACCAAGCAACCUGUGAAAUCCCAUCCAAAAAUUCAAAAGCAGCCCAUAAAUCUUGUUGGAUCAUCCACGUCUCAUAUAGAAAGACAUCCUUAUCCAUUCGUUAUGGCACCCUCUACCCGUCCACCGCUCAGGAUUUGCAUGCCAAUGACAACUUAUACGACAACUCGACGUCCAAGCUUAUGGGAACGUCUUGUUAAAACAAUUAUACCUAGAUAA